ACCAGAAGGGGAGGGCCCACUCUGCACUAGGCUGGCCCGAGAGCACAACUGCUCCAACUCAGCCUCGAGAAACAUCGUCUCCUUCGUUCACUCUGCGGGCAGCACCUGCUUUCCCCAACGCCAACAUGUACAAGGAGGAGCACGAGGUGGGGGUGCUGGGGGUUCCUCAGAACCCGGCCCCCGUGAUGGCCACCAUGAUCCAGAUCCCCACGGAGACCUCCGUGCCCGACCACAUCGUCUGGUCCCUGUUCAACAGCCUCUUCAUGAACUGGUUCUGCCUGGGCUUCGUGGCAUUCGCCUACUCUGUGAAGUCCAGGGACCGGAAGAUGGUGGGCGACAUCACUGGGGCCCAGAGCUAUGCCUCCACCGCCAAGUGCCUGAACGUCUGGGCCCUGGUCCUGGGCAUCCUCGGGACCAUUGGAGGCAUCGUUCUUCUGGUGUUUUUAUACAUUACAGCCAACCAUAUCGCAUCACAGAUUGCGGAGAAUAAUGGAGGCUACUAACAGCUACCCAUGGAAGGCAGCCCAGGUCUUCCACCAUCCACUGCUGUCCCUGCCCCUGGGGCUGGGAGCCUGCUCUCAACCCACCCCUUUACACAGCAGUUUAUACACACACCUGAUGACAACUGAAUUCAAUAAAGUGCACUUGUAUGUGA